GAUCUCUCCUGGUGAUGCUUGGAAUAGAAGGUAUUUCUAAUUCCUUUUUAAUGAGAAUAUGAACAAAAUUAUUCCAAAGCAAGGGCAUGAGUUCCCUGGAAAAAAAAAGAAGAAGAAAGCACUGAAAUGAAUCUCAAUUCAAGAAAUAUUAGUUAAAUGCUUCUGUAACUCCAUCAUUGUCUCCUCAGGGGAAAACAUUACUUUGCAAGCCUCCUAUUUCAGUGAAAGGAUCAGGAGCUUCUAAACCAAGAAAGGAAGAAACCGGGCGGGUUAUUUACGAGUUCCAUGCCUCUAGAGGUUUUAAACUACUGCGAAAUAAACCAGUUCCUUAACACUCUUGGGACCAACAGCCCGCGAGCUAACGGAGCAAGCUAACCCCAUCAUCUGGGGUCUGCGCAGCCGGCCUCCCCCGCCCCCUAGCGGAUUCAUGUGGCAAUGCAUCCCGGACCCCAGCUUUAGAAAAGCCGGCCACCCGCACCCAGCGCUGCAUCCCGACGCUGUCCUCCAGCAUAGGCUUGGCGGCGCUCUUCGAUUGCCUUCUGUUCCUAUCCAUCCACCAGUAAAGCUGCGAGCGAGAGUUUUCCAACCAAGGCUCCUGAAUCCCAGACCUCAGCGAGUGACAAACUGGGUGCCUUCAGCUGCCCUCCCAACCUGGUCCCGGAGCUCACGCGUCUUUGAGUCCAGCGGUGCAACUUCCCCCGGGAGUCAACUUUAGGUCAACCCGAGGACUCGGUGCAGUGGAAAAGGCUGAACCUCUCAAGAAACUGACACUUGGAUAGAGGAUUCCCGCUCAUUUGCAGUGGCUGAAAGGAGGGUCGGAUUCCAGCGGAACAGUCCCCGCAGGACUCCAGGAGCGGAGCCCUAGGCGCUUUGCUCAGCGCUUUUGAAUUGCGCUUCGGCCCCGCCCGGUAGCGCUACGCCUUAAAGGGCUCAAGGCCGGGCGCACCUAGGGCCACGGUCAUGGAGGGCGCUUUCUCAGCCAACUGGAGCGCCGAGGCGGUCAAUGGGAGCGCCGCACCUCCUGGGGCCGAAGACAACUGCACUGCCGGACCUCCGCGGCGCAACGAGGCACUGGCACGCGUGGAGGUGGCAGUACUGUGCCUCAUUCUCUUCCUGGCACUGAGCGGCAACGCGUGCGUGCUGCUGGCACUGCGCACCACGCGCCACAAGCACUCACGCCUCUUUUUCUUCAUGAAACACCUGAGUAUCGCUGACUUGGUGGUAGCUGUGUUCCAGGUGCUGCCGCAGCUACUGUGGGAUAUCACCUUCCGUUUCUAUGGGCCCGACCUGUUGUGCCGUCUAGUCAAGUACCUGCAGGUGGUGGGGAUGUUCGCCUCCACCUACCUGCUGCUGCUCAUGUCGCUUGACCGCUGCCUGGCCAUCUGCCAGCCGCUGCGAUCGCUGCGCCGGCGUACCGACCGCCUGGCGGUGCUUGCCACGUGGCUUGGCUGCCUAGUGGCCAGCGCCCCGCAGGUGCACAUCUUCUCGCUGCGCGAGGUGGCUGAAGGCGUCUUUGAUUGCUGGGCGGUCUUCAUCCAGCCCUGGGGACCCAAGGCCUACGUCACGUGGAUCACACUCGCCGUCUACAUCGUGCCAGUCAUCGUACUCGCUGCCUGUUACGGCCUCAUCAGCUUCAAGAUCUGGCAGAACUUGAGGCUCAAGACGGCUGCAGCAGCUGCGGCUCAGGCUCAGGGACCCGAGGGUUCAGCAGCGGGUAGUGAGGGUCGUGCGGCCCUGGCACGAGUCAGCAGUGUCAAGCUCAUCUCCAAAGCCAAGAUCCGCACGGUCAAGAUGACCUUCAUCAUCGUGCUGGCCUUCAUCGUAUGCUGGACACCAUUCUUCUUCGUGCAGAUGUGGAGCGUCUGGGAUACUAAUGCACCCAAGGAAGCCUCGGCCUUCAUCAUUGCCAUGCUCCUGGCCAGCCUCAACAGCUGCUGCAACCCCUGGAUCUACAUGCUCUUCACGGGCCACCUCUUCCAUGAACUGGUACAGCGCUUCCUCUGCUGCUCCUCCAGCCAUCUGAAGGGUAGCCGCCCAGGAGAGACUAGCGUCAGCAAAAAGAGCAACUCCUCCACAUUUGUCUUGAGCCGACGCAGCUCCAGCCAGAGGAGCUGCUCCCAGCCAUCAACAGCGUGACCCACUGGUCUGGGUCAAAGCCACCUCCUGAGGCUGGGUUGUGCUGACACAGUCUACCCCUUGGUGGCCCAUGUACAUGUAUGUAUCAGGUACUGAUCAGCUCGUGUCCCUCUAUACCUUGGGGUAGCUUGAGGGUGAUGGGGAACUGGUUUGGGGUGGGGAAGAGGUUUCUGUGGUGGAAGAUGAUAGGGUGACUCCUCCAUCAGAUAGUCACCCUGAGCUCCUACAGGUACUUCUGUUACCCUGACCCCAUGGCUAUUCUCUGCAGUGGGUGGUACUUUUCUCCCCUGGACCUCUCCAAUAUCUUUUUACUCCUUUAUUAUGGGUUCUUAUGAAAGGUAAUAAGUAUGGGAUUAGUAACCAACUUGAUCAGGUGUUCUGGGCUUGGUAUAUUAGUGGGGGUGGGACUUCAGAUGGUGAGGGUGGUGCUAACUUCCUCCUGACCUCAGAGAGAGUGUUUUUGCCUUUGAGUGGACAAAUCUUAACAUUUUGGGGACCAGCUGUCAGGAGAUUGCCCUUGGAGGAGGAGAUCCCCUCUAAGGCCAUCUGGCAUAGAUAACAAAUGAGAACUUGGCUUGAAAAUGUUUAAGAAGCUAAUAUUUAACAAGCAUUUUGGAAAGAGAACUAAAAGGAAUCCAGAUCGGAAGGAAGAAGUAAAGCUAUUUGUACAUGACACGAUUUUGUAUAUAUAGGAAAUCCUAAGGAAUUCACACACACACACACACACACACACACACACACACACACAC